UCAUACACCAUGAUUGGAAAGGAUGAUUCAAUGCAAAACCUUGGCAUAAUCCCUUGUGCCAUCUCCUGGCUCUUCAAGCUGAUUAAUGAACGCAAAGAGAAGACAGGAGCCCGCUUCUCGGUUCGAAUUUCUGCAGUUGAAGUGUGGGGGAAAGAAGAAAAUCUGAGAGACCUGUUGUCAGAAGUAGCUACAGGCAGCCUGCAAGAUGGCCAGUCCCCAGGUGUCUACCUUUGUGAAGACCCCAUUUGUGGCAUGCAGCUUCAGAAUCAGAGUGAGCUCCGUGCCCCUACAGUGGAGAAAGCUGCCUUCUUCCUUGAUGCCGCCAUCGCUUCACGUCGCAGCAGCCAGCGGGACUGUGACGAGGAGGAUCACCGCAACUCUCACAUGCUCUUCACUCUGCAUAUCUACCAGUACCGCAUGGAGAAGAGCGGCAAAGGCGGAAUGUCUGGAGGUCGCAGUCGCUUGCACCUUAUUGACCUGGGUAGCUGCGUGAAAGUGCUCAGCAAAAACCGGGAAGGAAGCUCUGGCCUCUGUCUCUCAUUGUCAGCACUGGGCAAUGUCAUCCUCGCCCUUGUCAAUGGAAGCAAACACAUCCCAUACAAAGACAGCAAGCUCACCAUGUUGCUUCGGGAAUCCUUGGGGAACAUGAACUGCCGCACCACAAUGAUAGCUCACAUUUCAGCUGCCGCAGGGAACUACGCUGAGACACUGUCCACCAUCCAGAUUGCAUCAAGGGUCCUCAGGAUGAAGAAAAAGAAAACUAAGUACACUUCAAGUUCUUCUGGAGGAGAGAGCUCCUGCGAGGAGGGCAGGAUGCGGAGGCCAACCCAGCUGAGGCCUUUCCAUUCUAGAAACACCGUUGACCCAGACUUCCCUAUUUUGCAUUUAUCAAGUGAUCCUGAUUAUUCUUCCAGCAGUGAACAGUCAUGUGACACAGUGAUUUAUAUUGGCCCCAAUGGCACAGCCCUUUCUGAUAAGGAAUUGACGGAUAAUGAGGGUCCCCCUGACUUUGUUCCCAUAGUUCCUGCUCUGCAAAAGACAAAAAAUGAGGGCAGGUUGGAAGAAGUUAGUGAAUCAGGGCCCAGCACAUCUGAAAGAGACUGCCUGAAGUGCAACACCUUUGCAGAGCUCCAGGAGAGGUUGGAUUGCAUAGAUGGCAGUGAAGAGACCGACAAAUUUCCAUUUGAAGAGAUGCCUGCUCAAUUUAGCACAAACCAGAUGUCUAAGUGCUCUGUCUCAAGCCAGCUGGCAGAGCUUAGCCAUUUACCAGAGUCAGAUAAGGAAGAUACCAUGCCAGAAUGUCAGUAUCCUGAUACAGUAGCCAAGGAAAAUACAAAUUCAACACCUAGCAAAACGAAGAGAAAUCACUCCCCUGUUCCUUCUGGAGCUCUUACUAAUGUUUCAACUCCUUCUUCUCCCAGGAGUGUAACAGGCAGCUCUAGUAAAGAGCUUAGCUCUUGUCAGUUAGCACAUAGCACCAGCUUGCGGAGCAGCAGAGAAGGUCUCAACACCUGUGGAUUUGUGGAAGGCAAACCUCGACCAAUGGGUUCACCCCGGCUUGGCAUUGCCAGCCUCUCAAAGACAUCUGAGUACAAGCCACCAACUUCUCCUUCCCAGAGGUGCAAGGUCUAUACACAGAAAGGAGUUCUGCCCAGCUCCACUCCCUCACCAGCUCCUCUGAGUAAGGAUACUGGUAUGACGUCUAGUGAAUCUUUAUUGCAGCCAGAAAUCCGGACACCACCUGUAGGCAUGAGCCCUCAGAUCAUGAAGAAGUCAGUGUCCUCCAACAACGGGGAUUUUGAAGAGACCAUUCUUGAUGAAAGUCAGCAGCAAGGCAUCUCUCCAGAAUCCAAGAAGGAGAUUCUGAGCACCACCAUGGUGACUGUGCAGCAGCCAUUAGAGCUGAAUGGCGAGGAUGAGCUGGUGUUCACCCUUGUAGAAGAGCUAACCAUUAGCGGGGUCCUUGACAAUGGGCGCCCAACCAGUAUCAUCAGUUUUAAUAGUGACUGCUCUGUGCAAGCUUUGGCCUCUGGGUCUAGGCCAGUCAGUAUUAUCAGCAGCAUAUCAGAAGAUCUUGAAUGUUACUCCAGUGCAGCACCUGUAUCUGAAGUCAGUAUCACACAGUUCCUUCCACUUCCAAAGUUGGGCCUGGAUGACAAACCCCAAGAUGAUGGCAGCAGGCGCUCAUCCAUCAGCUCAUGGUUGAGUGAAAUGAGCACAGGGAGCGAUGGUGAACAGUCGUGCCACAGCUUCAUAGCCCAGGCAUGCUAUGGGCAUGGGGAAGCAAUGGCAGAACCCCCCGUGUCUGAGUUUGUGAGCACCAUACAAAGUGCCAGCAUGAUUUGUUUAAGUGAGAAACAGAAGCCAGUGACUGACAACAUGCUUAUACUGUCAGAAAUGGGGGAGGAAGCUUUCGGCAAAGUGCCACCCAUCAAAGGCUGUAAAAUAUCAGCUCUAGGGAAAACUACUGUCACAAUCAAAAAUACUGCAAGCCUUAGCAGCUGUGAAGGCUACAUCCCUAUGAAGACAAACAUUACUGUGUAUCCAUGUAUUGCUGUUAAUCCCUUCAAAGCACAAGACACUGAUGACGCUGUACCAGCAGUAACUGCAGACCCAAAGGUUGUUCAUCCCCAUGACGGGAGGGAAUCCAGUGCUAAGAAGGAUAUCAAAUUUGAAGAUCCUUGGCUGAAGAGAGAAGAAGAUGUAAAGAGGGACUGCUCUGGGAGCAGUGAAGGGCCAAGGCCUGACAAGGCCACAGUUUCAGCCAAGGCGGAGAACAACACAAAGCAGUCCUCAGUGGACAGGUUCAGCAGCAGCAGUGGGGACACCUCAAUCUCCCCAGGACCUGACAGUCUAAAGAGGAUUGUGGAUGGAUGUGAAGUGGCAGCAUCUGGCUCAGCAGCCCAAAGCCCUGUUCAUUCCAGUGAUGGCUUGAAGAAUGGUAGCCUCCCUCGAGGGCUCCUGAAGGCAAGCAAGCUGGAGGAGCCUGACAGUCACCUCCAUCCUACUGCCACUGACAGCAGUGGAGGCGGCUCUCCUGCCCUCCCCCAGUUUUCUAAGGCUAGCCUUGACAGGAAAAUGGUCUCUCCCAAACACUGUGUUCUCACUCGUCCCAAAGGAACCCCUCCUCUGCCACCAGUCAGAAAGUCAAGCUUGGAUCAGAAGAACAGAGCCAGCCCCCAGCACAGCACAGCCAGCAGCACCACAAGCAGUCCCUCCAGCCAGCCCGGGUCCUUCCUGGCUAGCUUUCCUGAGGAGCUGAAUGCCAAACAGAAAGGCCCUGGCAUCGACAGCAGCUGUGGCAGCAGCAGCAGCAAGCUCUUCAGUGCCAAAUUGGAGCAGCUCGCGAGCAGGACCAACUCCCUUGGGAGGUCCACAGGAAGCCACUAUGAGUGUUUGUCUCUCGAAAGAGCAGGAAGCCUGUCCUCCAUGAGCUCCAAAAUGAGCCCUGGCAAAGACAGCACCAUGCCUCGCACCGGGAGGAGCCUCAGCCGUAGUGUCAUGUCCUCGCCCACCAACUCGGGCCUCUCCCAUUUGGCAGGUGCCUCUCCAAAAGCCAGCCAGUCAAAGAUCUCUGCUGUCAGCAAGCUCCUGCUGGCAAGCCCUAAGGCCCGCAGCCUAUCCACCUCUGCAACCAAAACUCUCAGCUUCUCAACCAAGUCACUGCCUCAGUCUGUAGGGCAGAGUUCCAGUUUGCCUCCAAGUGGGAAGAACAUGUCCUGGUCAAUGCAGUCCCUCAGCAGAAACCGGGGCUGCAGCCUUGCUUCUAAAUUGCCCCUUCGGGCUGUCAAUGGGCGGAUUUCAGAGCUGCUCCAAGGGAGCGCCAGUGCCAGAGGCUUGCAGCUGCGGGGAAGCCCAGAGGCAGAGGAGCGUGGGGGCCUUCCUGGAGAUGAGAAGCCAGCUGUUCACAUGCUGCCUUCACCUUACAGCAAGAUCACCCCUCCUCGGAAACCUCACCGCUGCAGCAGUGGCCACGGGAGUGACAAUAGCAGCGUCCUGAGUGGGGAGCUGCCCCCUGCCAUGGGGAAAACAGCCCUCUUCUACCAUAGCGGGGGGAGCAGUGGCUAUGAGAGCAUGAUGAGGGACAGUGAGGCGACGGGGAGUGGCUCUUCAGCACAAGACUCCAUGAGUGAGAACAGCAGCUCCAUGAGUGGCAGGUGCCGAGGUCUCAAGAAUCCAAAGAAACGAUCAAAUGCAGGUUCACAGAGACGGAGGCUUAUUCCAGCUUUAUCACUUGAUACCACUUCCCCAGCAAGGAAGCCUGCCAACAGCCCUGGAGUCCGCUGGGUUGAUGGGCCUCUGCGAAGUGGGCAGAGGGGGCUGGGGGAGCCCUUUGAGAUCAAAGUCUAUGAGAUAGAUGAUGUGGAGAGACUGCAGCGACGACGAGGUGCAAACAGCAAGGAGCUGAUAUGUUUCAAUGCCAAGCUGAAAAUCCUGGAGCAUCGCCAGCAGAGAAUUGCUGAGAUCAAGGCCAAGUAUGAGUGGUUAAUGAGAGAACUGGAGGUGACCAAACAGUACCUGAUGCUGGAUCCUAAUAAAUGGCUCAGUGAAUUUGAUCUUGAGCAGGUAUUUGAGCUGGAUUCUCUGGAAUACCUGGAGGCCCUGGAAUGUGUGACUGAGCGUUUGGAAAACCGUGUCAACUUCUGCAAGGCCCAUCUCAUGAUGAUCACCUGUUUUGACAUCACCUCUAGACGCCGAUAAAGUAUGAACCUCAAGAGAAUUCCAAUGUGCAUCUCUGCCAUCCUCCUUUUCCCAUCUGAAUAGCAUCCCAAAGACAACAGAAUGAGGAUGAAGGUUGGAGUGAAGUCUCAACUGUGUGUAUGAGAGAUUUGCUAUACUAUACAGAAGAGUAGUAUUAAAAAACCCCAGGAUGAGCAUGGAAAAAUGGCAAUAAAAGGUUGUUGAUUCUCUUAGCCUAAAAGAGCACUUUGAGGAACCUUUAAGGACAUGUCUGUAAAUAAGAACUGCUGGCAGAAGAUACGUCUUUCCCUGCGCUAGCCGAGGGAGGAGGAAAGGUGGUUAUAGGACUUAACUGAGAGGUUCAUUAAAAAAAAAACCUAUCCAGAAAAACUGUUUAAGUGCCUUGCAAAUCUUUAUUAUCCAAACAUUUAUGUUCAUACUUUAUUGUGUACAGAUGGUGCUA